AUUGCAAACAAAAUUCGGAAUGAAGCUCCUCGUUUAGAAUAUUCCGCAUUCGAUCACAUCCUCGGCGAUGCUCGACGCCAUCAGUGGAUGAAAGCAGGAAAAGAAAUAAAGAAAAGCAUCAGUCACCAUCAGCAUCAUCUUACUCUCACACUUUUACAUCUGUUGAUGAUUCUUACCUUUUCAAAUUCACCAAAACAAACAGCGAUGGAACCAAAUCCAGAACACCAAAAUCACACACGAUUUCUGGAGCAAACCGACACAUCCUCCCCCUACAAUUGUUUGCCACAGACUGACGUGUGUGUGAGCAGCAAUGUUCUUGAUGCGGUGAGCAACGGUAAAGCACACACAAGAAGAAGCGAGACGGCUAUACGAGUAGCGAAUUACGCCGCCGCACAGACAGCGCGCGUCAUAAUUUUAUGCGCGAAAAUCUUAAAAUUUAAGUUAUUCAUGACAAAUUGUAUCGACGUUUUUAUACUCUGGCGAACUUUUACGAAAGAUGUGUAAAAACUUAAUGUAGUGCAAUUAAAUUUAGUGCAAUAUCAUUAGCAGAACAUAACAUUUUGAUAUUUGUUUGUAAAUUCAGAUCUUAGGAGCUACUACUUUUUUGAACAAUAAGUGUAGAAACACAAAUUUUGUCUGAGUCCAGAACAGCAACAGGGAAGAUGUCGUACCCUGAGUGUAGAGAUGUGUGUGUGUGUGUGUGUGUGUGUGUGUGUGUGUGUGUGUGUGUGUGUGUGUGUGUGUGUGUGUGUGUGUGUGUGUGUGUGUGUGUGUGUGUGUGUGUGUGUGUGUGUGUGUGUGUGUGUGUGUGUGUGUGUAUGUGGUGAACGUUGCCGCGACAAGCGUGCUGUAGGAUACAAUGCGUGUAGGAGGGGGUAAAAUCGCUUGGCUCAUUGAAAAUACAGGCAAAGUUGGCGCGAAGAAAACGCAACACUGCGGAUUGUAUGGAAAAUGUUGCGCGUUCAAUCCGAUUGCCAUGCGAUUGUCCUGGGGGUUGCCACGCCGUGAGCAGCAGACCAAUAAAGUGCGCGUCUUAAAACAUGGUGUCAGAAGUUAAUCAUAACUAAAAGGGAACCUGAUAUAAAUACAUAUAAAGUGCUCAUCGUAAAAAUAUGGCGUCCGAUCCAAGAUUACCGCAGCCGCUUGAUUGUGCUAACUUAACAAAAGAAUGGCCUCGGUGGAAACAAUCGUUCGCUAUUUACUUGCGUGCUAGUGGCAAAAUAACAGAAAAGGAAGAGAACAAAGUUGCCACAUUUCUAUGGACAAUUGGACCACGAGGUGUGGAAAUUUUCAACACUCUGUACCCCGACGCUGCAAAUGCUGCAAAUCUCUUCGGCGAAAAUGAAAAUGAGGUCGAGGACGAAGGUGUUGCCGACGCGGCUGAAGAAGAGGGAGAAGCGAUGUCUCUUAAAAACGUAAUUGAAGCAUUUGAUGAAUACUGCUUGCCAAAAAGAAAUACUACAAUGGAAGCGUUCAAGUUCCAUAAAAUUGCACAAAAAGAAAAGCAAACGUUCGCGGAAUUUGAAACUGAACUACGAACGCAAGCCCAGUUUUGUGAAUUUCAGUGUUUGAAAUGCAACACUCCAUACACUGAUCGUAUGCAGCGCGACCGAAUAAUUUUUGGCAUCAACGAUAAAUCUCUCCAGCACAAAUUACUGGAUCGACACGACGCCACGCUCAACAAAGUCAUAGAAACAUGCAAACUAUUUGAGGUGACUUCGGAUAACAAGCAAGUGUUGGAGGAAAAGUUGAGCCUGCAUGAGGUUAAAAAGGAAGAACGACAAUCGGAGGAGGAGCGGCAAGUAGCAGCAGUUAAUCAGAAUUCGUGCUACAAAUGUGGGGGAAAAUUCAGCGAGAAACAUCGAGGAAGCUGCCUAGCAGUGAAUGCGACGUGCUACAGAUGUGGUGGUGUCGGCCAUUUUAGCAAGUGCUGCCGUCGCAAGAACAAUGGAAAUAGCUUCAGCAACCAGCGGCAACAGGAGAAACAGAAUGUAGCAUAUCUGCUAUACAGAACUUAUUAUAAUACACACUAUCAGCUAUAGACA